GUAGGCAAGUAUGCUCCCAACUGUCCCGAUUUUCACGAGACAGUCCCGUCUUUUUGGGACUGUCCCCCUGUCCCACCCGCAGCUCAGUGUCCCGUGGUGGGGGGCAGUUGGGAGGCUCCUGUCACUUGCUGCUAGCUGAACAGCUGUGAAUAGAUGCUGUGCGCAUGCAAAUUUCCCGAGCUAGUUUUUAUCCCAAUCCACCCCUGAUUGCUGUAGUUGCUAAUUUCAGGAAAGCUCUUUGUUUCAGUUUCAUUUCUUCAAAGCUUCUCACUUACUGUAGUCAGACGGCUUUGAAUCUUCAGAAGGACGUACAGUACACUGAAUAACAGCGGAAGAUGGCUUCGUGGACAUGGAAUACACUGUUUGAAAAUGAAUUAGAGGAUCAAGGAAUCCCCCAUGAGUGGAGCUUCAGUGCGGAGGAUAAUCUUAAGGCACAGCAGGGUUAUUUGCAGAACACACAGUGCACCUUUGCAAGGUUCCAGUGCUCACGUUGUGCCCGCUGGUGGAAAUCGGCAAAGGUGCAUAUUCUAUUCCUGAUACGACGGGACAGACAGUCUAGACGUGGCACCGUGAGAAUGAGGAUCUUUAAGCAAAAAUGUAGGCGGUGCACAUUUGCUGUUUGGGAAAAAGCAGAGAUUCCUGAAGAGAAUAUUAAACGGGUCAUCAGCAAUCUGGUCAGCAAAAUCCAUCAAAUGGUCUAUAUGAGGAACAGUGGCAAAGCAUUGUUACCGCCUCUGAUUGACAGUGAUGAUAUAGAGGGGCCUCAUGAUGUGGAGCAUUGUGAGGCUUGUAAGGAGAAUGCAUGUCAAUGGCAAGCAGGGGAAGGUGACAUAAGAGGAACCGCAAUGAUAACUGACAUGAGAGGAUCUGUCAAUCAGCCACAGUCAGCUCAAUCCCAAAGGAGAGUUCAAGAUGAAUAUGAUUCCUCCUGGUUUACAGCCCGCCCACCUACAACAGCUCACCAAACACACAAUGAGCAAAAUGUGAUGCUAACAUUGCUUGUUGUCAUUGUGUUUGUUGUUUUGUUCAUGUCGGCUAUUGGGUUUUCAAAACAUUGAUCAUUUUAUGAAAUAAUGCAAGGGGGGAAACUAUCAUAAUCAUCCCUGUCCUUUCAAAGCUUAAUUCAGAAUAUCUUUAUGCUUUUUUCUGCAUAUUUUUUUACAUACCUAUUUGAAAUACACAAUGGUAAAACUGCAGCUACAGACAGACAGAAAAAGCAUUGAGAAAUCAUAUUACCUUACUUCAUUGACUCCAAUACUAUCUUCACAUUUCUUGUUGGUGGGGGGAUUGGUUCUGUGCUCAGUCUAGGUAAGGCACUAAUUAGUGAAUGGGCUAGUGGAGAUAGAGUAAUUACUCUGGGGAUGACUUGGACUCAGUGCGUAUUUAGGUGUGUGGCCAGCCGCCAGGGGGGGGCAUCCAACCUCCAUAGAGGCUUGGGUAACCAUUAGAGACUGCAUGGUCUGGGCCUUUUAAUAAAUAUUUAUAGUAAAUACUGCAAGUGCAGGUAUGGUAAUAUACCAUAAUAGCAAUGCACUGUAGAAAAUACACCAUAGCCUAUUGCAGUAUAAUGCAGCAUUUGUAUAAUUCAAAUGCACAGUUUGGAAGCUAAUCUCUAGAGGAGUGGGUGGGCCCUCAGGUAAUGACCACCCCCAUCCCCCUGGGGAUUUCCUCUGUGGGCCAGUCAGACCCUGCAUGGACUCAUAUGAAGGAAAUGUAUGCUCCAAAAUGGGAUACGGUCACUAGGUCGACACAACUUAGGUCGACACUCAUUAGGUCGACCACUGAAGGUCAACAUUGCCCUUAGGUCGACAUGGUCGUUAGGACGACAUGUACUAGGUCGACAGGUCAAAAGGUCGACGUGAGUUUUUCACUUUUGGAUUUUUUCCUACUUAACGAUCCACGUGGACUACGAUUGGAACGGUAAUCUGCCCGAAGCAUGCGAGGGGACACUGUGCACUAAUUUGGGUUCCCCGUCACUUUAACGAGAAAACGACACCAAAAACAGUCAAAAACUCAUGUCGACCUUUUGUCCUGUCGACCUAGUACAUGUCGACCUAACAGUUAUGUCGACCUAAUGCAUGUUGACUUAAGGGCAAUGUCGACCUUCAGUGGUCCACCUAAUGAGUGUUGACCAAAGUUGGGUCGACCCAACGACCCAUACCUCUCCAAAAUGAUGUAUGCAAAUAAGUAUAUUUACUUGCAUAUUCUCUGUCUUACACAUCUCGUGAUGUGUUCAUUUCUGCACCAGUAAAAAAUGCUCCAGGUUUACAUCAGAUGCACGUAACAUAUACUUUAUCUAAACUCAACCCAGAACAUACAGGUUCAUAUACUAUAAAGUAUUUACAUUUAUCAACAUUUAUUUUAUUAACAUUUAUAUAGUGUGAGCAUAUUCUGUAGCACUUUACAAUUAUAUUUUAAAUAAAACCAUAAAAAUUAUGUACAAUAAAACUACACAUUUUUAACAACAAUAAAUAUACAUAAUAAUA